GCCGGCCGGAAGCUCCCGCCGCCCCGGGCGAAGGCCGCUCGGCAGCCGCGGGUGAGGCCGCCCGGGCGGGGCGGCGCAGGUGCCCGUGCCGAGGGCGGCCGAGCGGCGGGUGGGGGCCGGGCGCGCAGCGGAGCGCGGGCUGCUCUCGGGCCGGGCCUCCCCGUGCGCUCUGCGGCGGCAGCGCCCUGUUCCUCCGCCCGGCGCCGGCCUCUUCCCGCCAGGUGAAGGAGCGGCGGCCGAGCGGGGUGGGCAGCGCCUGAUGCCGGGCCCGGCGCCAGGCAUGUCGAGGAGCGCCGGCUCAGAGGGCGGGCGGCCCGGCAGGUCCCCGCCGCCCCGCGGGGCCGGGGCCGGCUCCCCGCUCGCCCGGGACGCGGAGCCGGGGUCCGCCGCCCCCCUGCCGCCGCCGCCGCUCCCCCUGCAGCCCCCGUUCGGCCCCGCCGCCAGCCCCGGGGAGGGCCGGCGCGACCCGAGCGGGCCGGCCGAGCUCAAGCCGGUCCGGCGGUUCAUCCCGGACUCGUGGAAGAAGUUCUUCAGAGGGAGACGCCGCAACGGCUCCAGCUGGGACAGCACGGCCUCCGACAUCAGAUACGUCUCGGACGGGGCCGAGUGCUCGCCGCCGGCCUCCCCGCACCCACCGCCGCCGGAGCGCAGGUCGGUGCCCGGCUCCUUCAGGGACCCUUUCGGAGGAUCGGGCGGGAGCUACAGCUUGCGGCAGGAGGCCGAAGCCAUGCUGCCCGCGGACCCCUUCGGGUCACUGGAGCGCCGCGCUGGCACCGGCCAGACGUACAGCGAGCGGGUGGAGGCCUACAACCAGCGGUACGCCUACAUGAAGUCCUGGGCCGGACUGCUCAGGAUCCUCGGCGUGGCAGAGCUGCUGCUGGGCGCCGCCGUCUUCGCCUGUGUCACGGCCUACGUACACAAGGAUAACGAGUGGUACAACAUGUUCGGGUACUCGCAGCCCUACGGCUACGGGGCUAGCAGCAUCUACGGAGGCUACUCCUACAGUGGACCCAAAACGCCUUUCAUCCUGGUAGUGGCGGGAAUGGCGUGGGUAGUCACGAUAGUGCUGCUGGUGCUGGGCAUGUCGAUGUACUACCGGACUAUCCUCCUUGAUUCCAACUGGUGGCCUCUGACCGAGUUUGGAAUUAAUGUGGCCUUGUUUUUUCUGUACAUGUCAGCUGCCAUAGUGUAUGUAAACGACACCAACCGAGGCGGGCUGUGCUAUUACCAGUUGUUUAAGACACCAAUAAAUGCAUCUUUUUGCCGUGUAGAGGGAGGUCAGACAGCAGCAAUCAUCUUCUUGUUUGCCACAGUGAUAAUCUAUCUAAUUAGUGCGGUGAUUUCUCUAAAGUUAUGGAGGCAUGAAGGAGCUAGGAGGCACAGGGAAUUAAUGGAACAGGAGAUGAAAACACAGUCCUCUUUUCCGGAAAAGAAGUAUGAAAGUGAUGACAGACCGAGAGAAGAAGUCACUGACAGGCAGCUUAAAUCUGUGGAAAGAAAACCAGAACUGCGUAAUGGUCAUAUACCUGCAGGUCACAUUCCUAAACCUAUAGUGAUGCCAGAUUACUUAGCGAAAUACCCAGCAAUUCAAACAAAUGAAAUGCGAGACCGAUACAAAGCAGUAUUCAAUGAUCAGUUUGCUGAGUAUAAAGAACUGUCUGUGGAAGUUCAUGCUGUAUUAAAAAAGUUUGACGAGCUGGAUGCAUUGCUGAGACAGCUUCCUCACCAUCCUGAAUGCAUAUAUGAGCAGGAAAGACUAUCAAAAGUUCUGCAAGAAUACAAGAAGAAGAAAAAUGAUCCUGCAUUUCUGGAGAAAAAGGAGCGUUGUGAAUAUCUAAAGAAUAAGCUUUCUCACAUAAAACAACAGAUUCAGCACUAUGAUAAAGUUAUGAAUUGGAAUGUAGAAACUUAGCUAUGCCUUUGUGGCUACUAUUUUCUAUUUUUUAAAUCGAUAUGUGCAUUUUAAACUAUUUAUUUACUGUCAGAACAGUACACCUAUGGGGAUUGCUUUAUCACUUUGUCACUUAUUCAGAUGUUGUACACUACUGGUAGUUUUGUAUGCAUAUCCAAUUUUAAAUCAUUGUUAUGAAGUUAUCAGGUAAGUUUAGAAAACCUGUGCUAACAUUCUGUUUUUAUUAAACAGUACACAGCCUGGCCUUUUAAAUACAAAUACUUUAUUUGAAAAUACUGUAUUUGCAAACUUGCAAAGCCCAUUAGAGAAAGUAGUUCUAAAUACCAUGUCAAAAGUUUGCACAGAAAUGCCAUUAACAAUUUCAGGUUUUAUUUAUAGGUGGCAUCUUCAUGAUAUCAGAAAGAGUUGAGCUGUUUUGUCUGGCUGGGGUUUGGUGGAGUGCUCAAUCAUAUUGAAUAAUUCUGUCAGUUGAAAAUUAGUUUAAGAAGACUUUUUAUACUGGAUUUCUAAAUGCUUUGCUGUAUGUCAGAAAUUAUCUGGAAUUUCGCCUAACGAUGCAAAAUAACUUCCUAUUUACACAACUGUAGUGGGGCCAGGGGUCGUGGUAGUGGUGUUUGGGUUUGGGUUUUUUUUUCUUUAGAGGUGAUGCAAUGAAUUUAUACAUGGCCUUAAAGCAGAGGUCCUCAAACUGUUUAACCAGGGGGCCGGCGCGGAUGCAGCGGCAGGCAGCCAUCUGCGGCUGCUUGGUUUCCCCCCCCAACCCCCGGCGGGGGGUUCUGUAAAUACCAGGGGCCGGAUUGAGGAACCUGGGGGGGGCGUAUCUGGCCCGCGGGCCGUAGUUUGAGGACCCCUGCCUUAAAACAAUAGAGAUAUAGGAUGAGACUCAAGUUACUGUUGCUGUAGGCCAGUAUGCUCUGCAUACCUUUUCUGGGUCAUCUCAGUAGGAAUCCAUGGGUUUAAAGGCAAAACACUUUAUUCUUCAUCAGCAAGUAACAGGACUUUUUGUCUAGGCACCAGUUGUUUGUGUUGGGAUUUGGAGAGUAAGUAGAGCAAAAUUUAUUCUCAUUCAACGUAUAAAUUAUUAGUAUCCUUUAUAAGGCCAGGUAAAAUAUUUUAAUAGACAUGCUUUCCAGAGCAUAUUUGCAUAAAUGCAAUAUACAUUUUUAUAUUUUAUCUUGGGGAUAGAUUUGCAUAUUCAAAUGUUCCAAUAUGCCAGUAAAUUUUCUCUUUGUAUCCUUUUCAACAUCUUUGUUUACUAUUUUUACUUACUAAAAUUGUUAUAAGCAUUGAUAGUUUCUUUGUACAGUUUUCUACAACUGCAAUUUGUCUGUUCUGAAAUACAUAUUAAUUUGGAAAAAAACCGCCAUGGGUGCAGCCACAUUGUUCUGUUGCUUAUAAAGGCAUUUUGUUAGAAGAAGGUGCUCUGAUUAAGGUUAUUUCAAAUUUUUGUUAGCAAUUAUUUUUUCCUUAAAAGAAAGUUUUCAACUUUUGCCUUAACUUAAAGGAAAGACAUCAGGAAAGCUGUUUCCAGUUUAGAACAGUGAUGGUAAUACCACCGCCGUUCUUCCAUACUGGAAAUGCAUUAAUAUACCUCCCUCUGGCAGUUAUAUCCCUUCUGAUUUUUGAGCUCUUGUCAUUCACACUACAGUCCUGAUGGCUACCGAACCUGCUUUCAUAUUUAUAAAGUCGACAUUCCAGUUUUAUCACCAACUUAGUUCCAAGAGCUUUAGUGGAUGAAGUAAACACAAGGCACCAUGGGAACACAGAGAGUUUGAAAACUUAGCACCUCUUCAUUUGAAAGCCUUCAGUCUCAUCUACCUGGAAGACAUCUCAGUAUUUUCAUUAGUCUGAACCAGAGGACAGUCGCUGCUACCCCUUCUUCUCCCUUUCUGUUCCAGGUGCCUCUCUGUCUCUGGUUCAUGUUUCUAUUAUUUGCAAAGAAGUGGUAAACCUGUCUACCUUAUAAAAGAUCUGGGCCAAGUGUUUUGUAUCUAUUGUGCUGUAUACUUGUUAAACUUUGCUUUGUAAGAGAGGUCCUUGUUCAAAUCCCUGCAAUCUAAAUGACCUCUUGCUACA